AUGGGAGGUGCUUCCUUUUCUUCUGAGAUUGUUAAGGCAAAAAUUUUUGUGGGUCUCUUGUUCAUCAGUUUCGGUCUUUAUGGCUGCCAAGGGUGUCUUGAGGAGGAGAGAAUUGCUCUGUUACAACUCAGGGAUUCUCUCAAUUACCCAAAUGGCUCUGCUCUUGUUGACAAGUGGGUGGGAGACGAUUGUUGUGGAUGGGAAUUUUUGAACUGCAACUUGUUUAAUUCAACAUACCGGGUGGUUAGUAUUGCAAUUCUUCUUCUAAGAAAUGUUUCAGGAGUGGAGAAAUGGUACCCAAAUGCUUCUUUAUUUACUCAUUUCACAGAGUUACAAUCUCUAUAUUUACAUGGUAAUGACAUUGGAGGUUGGAUUAUGCCAGAAGCAUUAUGUGAACUACAGAAUCUCAAAGAGUUGUCUCUACUUGGGAAUAGUCUGGAUGAUGCAAGCCUUCCAAAGUGUCUAACAAGUAGUCUUCCACUUUUGGAAGUUUUUUCCUUACGGGGCAAUUCUAUCAGCCUAUCACCUCCUCUCUUCUCAGGGCUUUGUAAACUGAGGAAGCUACGAUCCCUAGAUCUUAGCAUGAAUUUGAUAGGCAACAUCCCUUGGCCAUGUUUAAGCGAAUUGAAUUCUUUGCAGAGCCUUGAUCUUUCUCAAAACCAAAUAUCAGGCACCAUUCCUCAUUCAAUUUCUAACCUAACUUCUCUUAUCAAGCUUGAUCUUUCAAGUAAUAAGUUUGAUGGAGUGGUGUUUUUCUCUUUAUUUGCUAAUCUUUCAAAACUUGAAAAGAUUAAUCUUUCAAACAAUAAAGAGUUAGAAGUUGAAACUGAGUUCCCAACUUAUUGGGUUCCAUCUUUCCAAUUAAAAUCCUUAAACUUAGGAAAUUGUAAACUCAACAAGCGUGCCCGUAGGAACAUUCCUCACUUCAUUUCUACCCAAUUUAGCCUAUUUUAUCUAUCUUUGUCUUAUACCUCUCUUCAAGGAACAAUUCCAUCUUGGUUGUUUUAUAAUGCUAGUCCAUAUCUCUACUCAUUGAUCUUGAGCGGAAACUAUUUACAUGGACCAUUUCCCCUCCCUUCAAAUAAUGAAACAUCAUCGAUCAGAUAUCUUGACAUCUCUGACAAUAGUAUUGAAGGCCAACUUCCUACAAACAUCGAUGGGCUUUUCCCAAAUUCGUUUUUCUUUAACAUGUCUAAAAACAAACUUGGAGGCUCCAUACCUCCCUCAUUUGGCAAUUUAGACCUAACGAUGUUAGAGUUAUCGAAUAAUUACUUUGUAGGUGAAGUACCUCAUAUAUUAACUCAAAAUAGUACUUCCUUGACACAUUUGUUCUUAUCAAAUAACCAUUUACAUGCAAUGGCUAGAGUUUCCAAUAUGACAAGUCUACGAUUCUUAACUCUUGAUGGCAAUCUCUUCUCAAGACCCUUCCCAAUCACUCCAUCAAGUGUUCCCUCACUUCAGCUUCUAGACAUAAGUAGGAACUCCAUAUCUGGCAAUAUCCAAGAUUGGUUGCCAAUUUUCCCAAAAUUGGUCUCACUCCUUGUGAGAGAAAACCAUUUUUUUGGUUUCCUUCCAACGUCAUUGUGUCAGAUGCAACAAUUGAGUUUUUUGGAUCUUUCAAAUAACCAUCUAUCUGGAAACAUACCUUCUUGCUUCAACAACAUAACCUCAUGGCUGGAAGAAACAGAUAAAGCUUCGAUGUUUGAAGGUGCAUGGGUGUUAAAUGAUGAGUUAAUUUCCUUCAAACUAAAUUUUGCCACAAAGGGAAAUAUGUACUCUUAUAAGGGUGUUCCUCUUCACUUAAUGACAGGGAUUGAUUUAUCUCUAAACCAAUUUUCUGGUGAUAUUCCAUCUCAAAUGGGAGAGUUAAGAGCCCUUCAUUCAUUAAACCUUUCUUACAAUUCUCUGGUGGGCUAUUUGCCAGAAUCCUUUCAAGGGUUGGAAAAGUUGGAAAGUUUGGAUCUCUCUCAUAACAAGUUGGUGGGAAUGAUCCCUGCUCAAAUGAUUCAACUCUAUUCACUUUCUGUUUUCACUGUGGCCUUCAAUCAACUCUCUGGGAAGAUCCCAUACGAGAAGAAUUUUGCUACUUUCUCCAAGAAUAGCUACAUUGGUAAUCCGGGACUUUGUGGACCUCCAACUGAAGUCAAUUGUUCAUCACCUCAACCACCCCACGAUGAAUACAAGGAAGGAGAUGUUGAUGAACAAAGUCUCAUUGACAAUGAUUUAUUUUUCUAUUCAUAUGUGGCUAUUUCUUACAUGUUGGGAUUCUGGAUUGUUGUUGCUCCUCUUCUUCUUAGCAGAAAUUGGCGUAGAAAGUACUACAGAGUUGUGGAUGGAUGCAUUGAGUGGUGCAGUGACAGGUUCUUCUGGUUCUUGUUUUACAUAAAAAAUCGGUGGUAGUUACCACUCAAUUAAAGCAAUAUGGGAAUUCUACAGUGUAAUAAUGACAUGAAUGAAUAUGUAUUUUUUUUUUA